AUGAUGGAGGCCGAUGCCACGCUUGAGCGCACCGCUGCCGCGGACGACUCGACGAUGGCCGAACCCAACCUUGACGGACGCACCAUGAAAAUGGGCCACGGCAAGAGUUUUAGCGCUUUGGAGCCGCACGGAUGCACGGAUACCGGCGACGUGACGGACAACCAGGUCGAGCCUAUGUACAAGGGGCCUGAAGAGAAGGCCGGUCUCUUCGUCGUAUUUCUGGUCGUCUAG